AUUAUUUCAUUAGAUAUUGAUAUUGUUAUUUGAAAGUCACUAGGAAAUAAUGUAUGAAAUUACAUAAUUUUAAAUGAAAUACAUAUCCUAGAUUUUAUUGAAUUGUAAAGUUAAGUAGUACUGUGCACUGUGAUCUAACAAUUAGUUGUGAGAAUAAUGGCAAAUUUAGGAAAACAUUCAAAAAAAUAUUUAAACCAAAAUGUGUGUGCUAUUUUUGGUUGCGUAUCGAACGCGUCAAAUAAUGUGUGUAACACAUUACGACCACCAACGCGAACAUUUUCGAGGACAAGUCAUAUGGCAAAAUCAAGAAAUUUUUACGUUGACUUAGAAAUACCAAGAACUGCCACUCAGUCAGAAAUUAAAAAUGCAUACUAUAAUUUAUCGAUGGCGUAUCAUCCAGAUAAAAAUAAGGGAUGUGAUGAGGCUGCAAAGAGAUUUCGGCUCAUUAGUGAAGCGUACGAAAUUUUGGGGAAUGUUCGUACCAGACGAUUAUAUGAUAAAGGUAUUGGUUCAUAUGCCAAAGGAAAAACUCACAGUCCGGGCACAGAGACUGAAGUCGUCGAAGUCGAAGUCGAGGAUGAUGCUCAAACAAAAUUUUAUAAACAACAUAUGGUGAAAUCGCAACCACCGAUAAUGGCAGAUCGAAUGACGGCACGAGAUCUUGACGACUGGUCCAAAAGUAGAAUAACGGAAUGCUUUGAACGUCAUCAAAAUGCCCGGCAGAAAUUACGUGAGGAACAGGAAGACAAGGAAUUAAGUAAUGUAAGGGGACAACAAAUUCAAAUGGUUUAUGUCCUAGUCGUGCUUUUAUUCAUUAUUGGAACUCUCUACGAAAUCAAACAGGAACAGGAUUUGGACGCUACAUUAAAAGCACAUAGAGAAAAGAAGUCAUAGUAUCAUCAACAUGUUGCAAUAUAAAUAUUGUUUAUUUAAUAUUUAUGACAUAUAAAUUGUGUUCAAAAAAAUAGUAUGAAAAAGGAAAUAUGUUUGAUAUUGGAAAUAUAUAUUUUUUAAAUUUAUUUCAAAAUCGACCGCUUCGUUUUCGGGCCGUGUAUCUCGAAUCAGCGCGUACUUCUUUUCCUUGUUGGCGUCUUCUUUCUUUCUUUUUCAUAAUCCAUUCUUUAGAUCCUUUCACUAGUUUUCCCCUGGCCUGUUUGGCCAUUUCACGUCUCUUCGAGUAUGGCACGCGAUUUGUUUCAUCUUCUUCUUCUCCCGUACCUAAAAAUCGAUUAAAACA